AUGUCAGAGCCCAACGAAGGUCUCAACGGCCGUCGAAUGGAUCACCCGCGUGGCAAGUGUAUCGUCGGUUCGUCUGCGAUCAAUUUAAUGGCCUUGAUCUACCCUUCGAAAAGCGGGCUCGAUGCUUGGGCGGAAAUGGGGAAUGAAGGCUGGGACCAUGAGUCUAUGGCUCCCUACUACCGCAAGUUUCAGAUGCAUGUGCCGCCUUCGGAGGAGAUUCAGGAAGCUCUUGGGAUUGAUUAUCUUGAUUCGGAAUUCACUGGUACGUCAGGACCCAACAAACAAUCGUUUCCUCAGGUCCUGAAUCCACUUCAUAAGGCGUGGAUCGACUCGUGGAAGACGUUGCAGCGUCAUGGGAAUCCGGUUAAUGGCAUUGGUAAUGGUGGCUUUACUGCGCCAUCUAGUGUCAAUAUAGAGACUGGACGGCGCAGUUUUGCUGGGUUGGAGUACUACGAGCCCAUCAAGGACAGACCCAAUAUUCGCGUCAUUGUCGAUGCACAUGUUGAGCGGAUCGUGCUGGAGAAGGGUACUGCUUCGUCAGCCACCGCUACAGGCGUGAUAUUCCAUAGACAUGGACAGCGAAACUUGGCUCACACAUCCAAAGAGGUUGCGCCCGGCGUCUUACAGCCCUCGAUGCUAAUCUACAUCGUAGAGAACCUGCAGGAUCACCUGAUGGCUGGCCCGUGCUUCGAGGUCGCCGACGGCGUUGCUACAACGGACAUGAUGAUUCGAGAUCCUGAAGCGAUCAAACAAGCGAUGAAGCAGUACGACGAAUCGCACAGUGGACCGCUCUCUUGGGGUGGAGGAUACAACUAUGGCUACACGCCCCUGGUCGACUUCAUAACUCCCCAGCCACGCGAAGACCUCAAAGCACUUCUCGACAAACACCUCCCACCAACCAACUCCCCAAACUUCAAAGCCGAAGCAUUACACCACGCCUUCAUACGAAAGAUCAUCGAAUCCCCCGACGAACCCAGCGCAGCCAUGCUCUGCGUCACCUGCCAACACCACCCCCAACGGGACCGCAUCCUCGAGAAACUCGCCAUCACAGAGCCCGAAAAUUACUUCACAAUCUACACACAGCUCUCCCAUCCUUUCUCACCCGGGAGCAUCCACAUCACCUCCCCCUCCUUCCGCACCAGAUUAACCCUCAAAACAAACUACCUCUCCCACCCCCUCGACAUCGAAAUCUUCGCCCGGCACAUAAUGCAAUGCGAGAAAAUCGCGCAAACACAACCUCUCGCCUCCUUUCUCAAGCCCGGGGGCCGGCGUCUCCCGGAGGGCCACGAUGCGCUGAGUCUCGAGGCAGCGAUCGAGAUGGCGAGGGCGUGCGCGGAGAGUAAUUACCACCCCUCAGGGACGUGUGCGAUGAUGCCGGAGGAGCUAGGAGGGGUGGUGAAUGAGAGGCUUGUGGUGCAUGGGACGAGGAAUUUGAGGGUGGUGGAUGCGAGUGUUUUUUCCGGUUGA